UGAACCAGGAAAAAUAUUUACUCAAAAAGAGGCGGAAGGAGAAUUUCAAUCGCGUCAAGAAUAUUUGUAUAAAAAUAUUCGAAAAUUUGUUGAUGAAUCAUUUCAGGAUAUCAUGUAUCCUAAACCAAUAGUUAGAUAG